AUGGCAUCCGCAAACUCGCGCCCGCUGCAAGUCGUGGUAUAUAACGAGCAAAAACGAAAGCAAGAAGCGGCAAAGGAAGCAACCGUCCAGAAACUGGACCUCCAGAAGGACGUGCAGGCAUUUCUGGACAAAGACACAGGAAUCUAUCUCCUUCCUCGCACCUGGAAUCGAGCUAGCAUUGUCAAAGACUUCACUGAAGCCAGUAACUUCCCGUCCCUGGCCAAGACUGUGAUCGGAGGAGCCAUAAAGAAAAUCAAUGCCAUCACUACCCCUGAUGCAUUUGGGGCCGCCUCCAAUCUUCUGGAGAAGGUCGCUCAUUAUGCACAAGACGGAACGUACGAAAUCAUUGGCAUGGCCGUUCAAAAAGAGCAUGAGAGCAAGGCCGACGGCAACCUUGCACGAAGCCUAGGAAAGCAGUUCGUUCUCCUCAGCACCACUCUGGCUAAGGGUGCCAUUGCAGGCCUUCCUGGGAUCAUAGCAAGCACCUUGUUUACGAUCAUCGUGUACCUACACGAGAAGGGAGAGGAAAAGCAGAAGAAAUGGAAUGCGGAGUUGGCAACGAUUCUCGACCAGAAGCUGGAGAAAAUACGCCAAGACGUGAACGAUAAAAUGGCUGCCAACUCCAGGAAGCGUGUUGAGCGCAUGCUCAUGUCAGGUUUCGCUACAGACGUGUUCGACAACACUGUUUAUGGCUUCUACGAGUGGACCGAUGAACGAGCGGUCGAAUGGAGGAACAGCCAUCUCAUUCAAAUGCGCGAGAAUGUCCAAGCGAAUAUCGACAUCUAUAUCACCCCUUCUGAUCUGCUUUGGGCCGCGGGCAUAGGGAAACUGCUUCCAGGAAACAAGCUCACUGAGAAACAAAUUGAUGACAUGAACGAAUAUCUGAAGGAGCAAGUGUAUGACAAGCCGUGCGAUAUGGCCACGCCACCUUCUAAUGUUUCAGGAUCGCCAUGUCCAUGUCUUAUAUGCACCAGCGCGGGGAUCGAACUUACCCUCGCAAGCAUACCAAGCCCUUGGCCGAACAACAGUGAUAAGAAGACGCGUUACGCACCCCCUCAACCUGAUGCAGACACGUUCGCCACUCAGCAAGCCUUUUUGGACAACCUAAUGCCUGUACCAAUUGAGAGUGUCGACGAAGAUAGCAAGAAGUGUCCCAUAUGUUGGAAACCCUAUGGCGAGGCAGCCGACCCUGGUUUCGACAACUCAGAGCAGCCCGUCCGUCUCAAGUGCAGGCAUACGUUCGGCAACAAGUGCAUGCUCGCCACCUUUGCGGUUCCUGGGACUUCGAUCAUUACUCUUGAACCUCUUGCCUUCGGUCCAGGAUCUAGAGGCUAUCAGUUGGGUCGCCAUUGGAGUUCUGUUUUCCAGGAGCUGCGCCACCGAACAGAAAAGAUUUCAGAAUGUCGGAAGAUCAUACUUCUCGAGAACGCGGUAGUACUGGAUUCUGAUCGUCAUGAUCAUCGAGCUUUAAGAGCUCUCUAUGAAGGUUCUGGCAUUUGGAAUAACUUGCCCACUGCACAACCACUCCCCAGCUACAACCUUCCGUUCUUGAAUUCUGGUCCAUACGCGUUCCACACUCCGGAAGGCUCGCCAGAUUCGCAGGACAGUGUCUCGAAGUUGAAAAAAGACCAUGAAGAUAGGAUAGCCAAGAUGCUAAAGGCCGAGCGCGAUCUGCAAGAGCGCAACGAGCGACACCUGGACAGCACGCUGGGUGCGGAGUUAAGCCGAGUCUAUUCAGAGUACAUGAAACACCACGGCACUAAGAAAGAGCCCGAACAGUCAGAUACAUACCGGGAGCAGUGCUUUGUAGAUGCUCACAUCUCGAUACACAAAAAGAAUCCGAGACAAGUAUCUUUCAGAAUCGGGUCAUUGGAUCAAUUCUUGGCCCAUAGCCAGGAUGACGCUGCAAGUGACGACAGCGACGCAGAAGACGAAGAUAGCGAUCAUGUCAGCGGCACACUUCUAUCGAGGUUGUUCCCGAUUAUCAGCCGCAAGAUGUGCGAGCACUGUUGCACCGAACACACAACUGUUCCUUCAUCGAUACCUGUUCCAACUUCGCUAUGGUGGAAGGACUCGCGCAAGAUCCCCGAUGAUUGUCCCAUUUGCCACAAGGUAUUGUUUCACAAAGCUCAUCUCUUCCAGCCGUCGCGCAACUCAGAUUGCGAGAUUUCAGGUCCGGAUGAGUACGUUGGCAAGAUCGGAGAUAAAAAGGUGAUUUAG